GAACGGAUAGAACAGAGACAUGGCUCCCUCUGUACAGAGGUCAGGACAUGUAGGGAAGGUGGGGGAGCAGCCACAGUUUGGCAGAAUUAACUAGCAAGAAGAAAAGCAAGCAUGUAUACACAAAUGCACUAUCUGUCCAGAAGCAAAAUGGAGCGAGAGAUUGUCAGACACUCUUUGGCACCUGUUUCUGAUACCAUGAAGGAGUUAUGUUUUGACUUUUCACAUGUAACAUGUAUUCUCUAUCUUUCUCACAUAGAUACACACAUAUAUAAACUGUUCUGUCAGAAAAAACCUCCAUCUUGUCUAGAACAUGUUCCCUCCUACCCCUCUAUUCUUAUGAAUAAUUGAUCUGGGGGAGCUCAGGUCAUUUAAAGAUAAGUAACUAAAAGAAAGUGAACAUUAAAAAUGAUACAAUGAGAAGAAAAUAAACUAGAAAAUAAGUGAGAGCGGUGCAAGCUGAAGGGGAAAAUUGAUGAAAGAUGGAGAAUUCAGUGGUUAAGGGCAUAUACUGCUCUUCCCAGGGAUCUGAGUUUGCUUCCUAGUACUGAUGUCAGGUGACUCACAACUACGGCUUGUAACCAGUUCCAGGGGAAUUGGACGCCUCUGUCCUUCACAGGCACCUACACACAUGCGAAUAUACCCAUGCAUGGACUUAGAGUUAACAGUCACCUUUUGAAAGUCUUUAAAAUGACAGUAUUGUCCCUCAGUGAUUAUGUGCUUGCCAGUCCUACAUAGAGAGGCCUUAGGUUCAGUUAGCAGCACUGCCAAAAAAAAUAAAGGCAAUACUCAGUGGCUCAAAAGCUAGGAGUUGGUUGUAAGACAGCAGCCUGGCAGAGUUCAGGAAGGAAAGACACACACUGAGAAGAAGCAGCCUAUUGAAGUGGAAAGUUGACAUUGAAGCCUCAGGAAGAUGACUCGAUGACAGGCUUUGGAAGUUGAAUGAACUGAAAGGGGAGUGAGGGAGUUAUACUUUAGUUCUAAAAAUAGAGAAUCCAGUGUCCUAAUGAAGUUAUUUAAACAUAACUUCAAAAAGCUUUCUAUAAAGAAAUUGUUAUAAGUUGAAAGACUAAAGAAAAUGAAUAUAUAGUAACUACCAUCCUUAUAUAGUCUAGGUAAACAAGAGUUGAGUUUCACUGGUAGGGAAUGUAUAUGUACAUUCUGUUAAACAGAUCAGAUUCCCCGUAUGUGAGGCUGUGGUAUUGAAUGUUAUCAAGAGAAUAUUAACAUUACAAGGCAAUGAUAUAAAUCCUGUAGCUUCUCACAGCCAAACUUUCUGACAUUGUUUUUUAACAAUGCCAACACUAACAGUAAGUAGUAACUUCACAUCCUCUUUUAUAAGCUGCAGAGGUGAGUGGGCAAAGAGUAUGGCAAUAGAGUCACCGUGGGACACUGGAGUAAAAGCGAAAUAACAGAAGUACCUCUGUUGACAGGAAACAAGAUUCUGUUUCAUAAAGAAGAUGAAAACAACUGGGUUCCUGUUAACAAACACCCAAGAGACCAGCAUAGACCAAUGAGCAGAGUCAAUAAGAACGUGGUCUUGGCCCUUCUAACACUGAUGAGCUGUGCCUUCCUGCUGUUUCAGCUGUACUACUACAAGCACUACUUGUCAGCACGGAAUGGAACGGGUUCAUCAAAAUCCAAAGGAAAUCGAGUUGGAUUUGAUAGCACACAAUGGCGUGCAGUUAAGAAAUUUAUUAUGCUGACAUCCAGCCAAAAUGUGCCGGUGUUCCUUAUUGACCCUUGGAUUCUGGAAUCAAUUAAUAAAAAUUUCGAACAAGUGAAAAAUGCCUCUCAAGGCUCGGCCUCAGAAUGCAGAUUUUUCUGUGUUCCGAGAGACUUCACUGCGUUCGCGCUGCAGUAUCACCUGUGGAAGAAUGAGGAUGGAUGGUUUCAGAUGGCUGAGAACAUGGGAUUCCAGUGCCUGAAGAUUGAAAGCAAAGAUCCUCGGCUGGAUGGAAUAGACUCGCUUUCCGGAACUGAGAUCCCUCUGCACUAUGUCUGUAAGCUGGCCACUCACGCCAUCCACUUGGUCGUCUUUCACGAGAGGAGUGGCAACUACCUCUGGCAUGGUCACCUACGACUCAAAGGGCACAUGGAUAGGAAGUUUGUUCCUUUUCGAAGGCUACAAUUUGGUCGUUAUCCUGGAGCCUUUGACAGGCCGGAGUUACAGCAGGUUACUGUUGAUGGACUCGACAUGCUUAUUCCAAAAGACCCAGGGCGCUUUCUAGAAGAAGUACCUCACUCCAGAUUUAUCGAGUGCAGGUAUAAAGAAGCCCGGGCAUUCCUUCAGCAGUACGUCGAUGACAACACUGUGGAUGCCAUGGCCUUUCGGAAGAGGGCAAAGGAGUUACUGCAACUAGCGGCCAAGACGCUGAAGGCGCUGGGAGUGCCCUUCUGGCUGAGCAGUGGGACGUGUCUAGGAUGGUAUCGGCAAUGCAGUAUCAUUCCUUAUAGCAAAGAUGUCGACCUAGGAAUUUUCAUUCAAGAUUACAAACCUGAUAUUGUUUUGGCAUUUCAGGAUGCAGGACUUCCACUCAAACACAAGUUUGGGAAGGUGGAGGACAGCUUGGAACUCUCCUUCCAGGGACAAGCUGAUGUAAAACUUGAUAUUUUUUUCUUCUAUGAAGAGACUGACCAUAUGUGGAAUGGAGGCACGCAGGCCAGAACAGGAAAGAAGUUUAAGUAUCUGUUCCCCAAGUUUACACUGUGCUGGACGGAGUUUGUAGACAUAAAAGUCCAUGUUCCCUGUGAAACAGUUGACUACAUUGAAGCCAACUAUGGCAAGGCCUGGAAGAUCCCUGUCAAGACCUGGGACUGGAAGAGCUCACCCCCGAAUGUGCAGCCCAAUGGGGUCUGGCCUAUUUCGGAGUGGGAUGAAGUUAUCCAGUUGUACUGAGAACACUGAGCUCAUGUGGGACGUUUCCCAGAAAGAAGGUAGGCAGCUGUUGAAAGCACUAUGUUUUCUGCCUGAUGUGAGAGCCAAAGAGGAGAAAUGACGAGUUGGAAGACAGAAAAGGUUUUCUGACUCAUGGGCCAUCUAAUCAGUUCUGCCACUCAGCAUUUACUGAGGAGUUUAUACACCAGGUGAAGUACUAGGAUCUGGUGAACAGGCAGAGAGGAAUGAGAGGCCAGCUUCUCUCUUGCCCUGUUGGUAAGCACUACAAUUUUAUGUUAAGGGAAACUAACCCACUCUCUGAAGAGGUGUACAGUAGAAUGUAUUCCAUAAUGAUUUUUAAAAUGUUAAUUAAUGUUUAAACCGGAAAGUGAGCUCAUCAGACAAAGCUAACAAAGGAUGUGUUAGUUGAGAGUAGUUCAUUUCUGCCUGCCCUCGGGAUUUAAGCUGCUGUGUUAGUGUUAAGGUUGUGGGAUAUGAGUUAAUAUUCCAGUGAGUGAUUAGACUUUGUCUCACAGAGAAAAGACAGUGGCCAACUCAUUUUACAAGCAGUGUGAUACACAGUUGACUUCAAGCACUGGGCAUUCUAUAAGGGAGGAUGAGAGCCGAUAGCAGCUCUUGUCAAGACGUACACUGUUUUCAUCUUUGAGAUGAACAUGGAUGCUUAGAUGGUGCUUGAAUCCCUGACAUCAUAAGGAUAUUUUCACUGACCUGCAGUAGUACUUCCUGAUAAAUCAUUCAGUCGUGCUAUCCAAAAGUUGUGACAUCUCAAAGCUUCCGUUCCUUAUUUCAUUCUUAGUCACUCUUAAACUCAAAAAUGGAAGUUACUCAUGAAUAUUUUUAUAUUUUAUGAAUGUAUAACUUUUCUGCCUUUAAUUUUAAUAUUGACACUAAGUAAUAAUAGACAUACCUCUUAAUUUUUUAAAAAUACCCUUUAUUUAUUUAUCAACCAUAGUUCCAUGUGUUUAAUUUAUGGCCUACACACUAAUUUAUUUAGCACAAGAUAUGCCUGUUCUUCUAUCCAAUAUUACUUCACGGUUCCAAAAUGAAGGGUUAACGUGAACCUGGCCAUUACUCCUUUUCCCAGAUUACUGUCUUUAAAGCCUGUGUCCAUCUCUAGAUUUUCAUUCUGCUGAGUGUAAUAGGGCAAGGGCUUCCUACCCACAAGUACUGCACAAGUGGGACCCUUGACCUACACUCCUGAGUCCAUUGUAGUGGCUGCACAUAAGCCAUGCAGUCUCAGAGAGAGAUGACACAGUGAGUGCCUGCCUGCCUUGCCUGGGAGGGGAGGGUCCACUCCCUGCUGCUUAGGGAUGUGCUUCAUGGCAACCUGGCAGAUUUCCCUUGGCACGUGUAGUUACUACAGCAGAAACCAGGAUAGAUGAGAGAAUGGGCUGGCAGAAAGAAAAGAAAAAAGAAAGAAAAAGAAAAACUUGGAGGAAGUAACUUGAAGCCACCUAUUUCCAAAUUUAAACUUCAACAUGAAAACUGUCUUUGUUGGAUGAUAUGCAGCAGUCUCCAUGCAGCCUCCAAGUAGGAAUAUUGUCUCUCCAUAAGCAUCAUCUAAUCAGAGUGUUACAGUUAUUAGCACACAUGUACCCAAAUGACAAAUCAUAAUCAGCUCUUUCCUAGAAAAUAAGUCCAUAGAAUACGUACCCAAGUUGUAGAUACCCAACCCUACAUAUUUUUCUGUGUGCGCAUGCGUGUGCACGCACACACCCCCACUCGCACACACCAGAUAAUAGUGUUUUUGAGGACAAACCCACCCUACCUGGAGAGGAUCAUUUACUUGUACUCAAUAUCAAGAAGUAUGUUUAUAUCGUGUUCCUUGAGAGCUCCCACCUUCUGCCAGGAGAUCUUACCCACCCCUGUUUAAGUUUCUUCUCUCAUACCUGUCGUUGGAGUGCAAGGUCUGCCAGUGUCCAUAAUACAAGCUCUUGGUCCUGGGCACAGAGGUUCUGUAGUCUUCCCUUCAUAGAGGAUGGGUACCUGUUUUCCCUCUGGUUUGGCUUUAGGUUUUAGGUUCCGCCCACCGUGGAGAAAUUUUCCCAGAAUUUGCAGGUGAGGUUUACCUCUAAAAAUGACUCCAUGAUUCAGUCAUACUGAAGUCAGUGCUUCUUAACUCUUGAACUCUGCUGAGUGUCCCGAGAUCUUGGGUCAGGUCUGCCCACCACCUGAACCUUUUCAGAUCACUUCUCUUCCCUCCCUGAAUAUGCUAACUGUUAUUCUCCUAAUAUGAGUGCUUUCUGGUCCCAUUUGCCUGGACUGCUUGAAGAUACCUUUACAUUAACUCAUUGGUAGUUCUGCUGCCGAGGAUCUUUCAGAGGGACCCUGAGAAGCAGAUGCUUUCUCGGUUUACGACAGCCAUCUACUUCCCUAAGCGUGGAGGACUUGCCCCGCUCUUGGUUACAGUUACUGACAUUGGCCACUGAGAUGAAAUAAUAGUAACUAAAACUGGCCUCCCUGAGAGUACCUGAGAUCCGUUCUUAGUGUGGCCUCCAUGACACUCCAGUGCUUGGUGAGUCCUCCAGUGCCUCAGUGCCUGCCAUUCCCCACGGAAGGCCUGAGGCGACAGAAAAUGCUGAGGAGGGAUGUUUCCUCUUGUCCAGAAUUCUCAGGCUACCGUCUCACCUUUGUCUGGGGAGGGUUCAGGAGGUGGGCCAAGGGAGGGGAAGCCUUAUCUACAAAAAAUAGAACAGUUUAUGUCUGAAGACAUCACCAGAAGUCAGUUUCUGACUCUUGAAAUGUUUAAAGGAUUUAAUGAUGCAUACAGUGCUUCCAUUCAGGCCCAGCGUUAAGUAAGUACUCGCCAUUUCCUAGUUCUCGGUUCCUUUGUAACGUGGAAGGCUGCACGACAGAGUUGCUUAGAACUAAAAUUGGGGCACUGCUGAGAUGGCUUAGCAGGCAAAAGCCCUUGUCACCAAAAGUGACAUGAGUUUGAUUCCCAGGACCCAUGUAAUGGAAGGAAAGAAUCUCAAAUUGCUUGUCAUCCAAUACACAGACUCUGAUGUGCUUGGAGCUCCUCUCUAGCAUGAGAGGACACCACACACACACACACACACACACACACACACACACACACACACACACACACACACACACACUAAGUAAAUAUAAUGGAAAGUUUUUAUUUUAUCUAAGCAUUACAGGUCGAAUUAUGUGAUUUUUGAGUCAUUGCCAUAUUCCCUCCACCUGAAACAGAGCUGGUUCUCACUUAGUUGACCAAGUGGUUGUCUUCUAAUCCUAUCCUAUUGUACUAUACCCUUUAAGCACAGUCAGAUUGCUCUUAAGUUUUGUGCCUUGAUUUUCAAUAGUCCAGCUUUGGGCAGCUAACAUCACUAUAUAUAAUGAUUUGGAGAACCAAAGAUUUUGGAAUGCUUAGUUUUAUUUACCUGCCUAGUCUGUAUAGAAAUGUGGGCUAGUUAGUCUAAUUGCCCAGCAUGUGUGAGGUCUGGAUUCAGUACAAAGCACCAGAAGUCUGAGACAGAAGACUUAGCACAUGCUGAAGGCCAGCUUGGGCUACCUAGUGAGUACCAGCCUAUCCUGGGCUACAGUGUAAGACCCUAUAUUGAUUGAGGACACAGGAGGGAAGAGAGAAACAGAGACAGAAUGAGAAUAUACUCCUGUCAGCCAUCUGCCCAUAGAUGUAUGUUUUAAUCUAAGCGAGGCAAAAUCAGGAUAUAUAGUGUGGAUUUUUAAAUAGUUAAUUGUAGACAAUUAACAGCCAAUUCGAUAUUGAUGCUUUUUGUAUAGGACCAAUAGGCAAGUGUAAUGUGUUGAGAAACGUAUUUCCAAACACUCAGAACACCUAGGCUAAAGCCUGCUCCUGUAACUCCUGGACCUAACGUAGAAGGAUCGAAGAAUCUCUGUGAGGGAGGGCCCAUGUAGUGACGCAGACUUCCGUCUACUUAUGAGUAACUUUCGCGGAAGGGAAAGCUUUGUCAUAUAAAGUAUUCUGUCAAGCGCUUUAAGAAUGAUAAGCCUGUACAAACUUAUGACAAUGUGUUCUAAGCAUGGGAACCAGUUCAUGAGUUUGUUAAAUGUAGUUCUGUCAACAUGGGACAUAUGACGAUGACAUGUGUAUUGUAUGUGAACUUUCUAGACAAAGUUAUGUUUUAAACAAGAUAAAACUGGUAUAUGCUUACCAGGUUAAGAUUUGGUUUUGUCCUCAGGUAUAGUUUAUGGUACUACUGAAAUAGUUUUAAUGUUAUUACUCUGAUCUGAAUUUGUAAUAUAUAGUCUACUUUGGGAUGAUUAAUAAAAAUUUUUAAUCUCUUGUG